UCGAGUCCUGUUGAGAUAUAGUUUCAGUUUUAGACAUUGUCUGCUUGAUUUUACUUCUGGUUUCUAAGUGGAAAAAAAUAUUCAAAGCCAUCGAUUUUUUGAUUUUAUAAACUUUUGCUUUACCCAACCAAAGCUUGCAAAUUUGAAAUAUAUAAACUGAUGACGUCUUAGAUCUUCUAAACAAUCUAAAAUGAGUGGUUAUGACUGCAGCUCACCAGACUUUUCAAAGCUUGUUCAUUUUGAUCUUAAAGGUGCACCACCAAUAGUCGGUUAUUAUGAACAGGUAUUUCCAUUGUUAAAAAAAUUGGGUGCCACUGGUAUAUUAAUGGAAUAUGAAGAUAUGUUUCCAUAUCAAGGUGAUCUUCAAAUUGUGUGCCAACCAGAUGUCUAUAGCAUGGAAGAAAUACAGAAAAUUCAAAGUUUAGCUGCUGAAAAUGGAUUGGAUGUCAUCCCAUUAGUUCAAUCUUUUGGACAUUUGGAGUUUCUUCUAAAACAUGAUAAAUAUUAUGAGAUUCGGGAAGCAGAGCGUUACCCAAAUGCUUUGUGUCCUUCUCAUCAUAAAAGUGAAGGAAUUAUACUGGAUAUUGUGACUCAAAUACUUGAUUGUCAUAAAAAUUCCAAGUACAUCCAUAUUGGUGGUGAUGAGGUGUGGCACUUAGGGCAGUGCAAUCGAUGUAAAGAAAAAAUGGAGGCUCAAAAAUGGAAAAAAGAACAUCUCUUUUUAGACCAUGUAACUCGUAUUGUAAGGAGAAUUCGUGAGAUUAAUCAAGACAUUGGGAUUAUCAUUUGGGACGAUAUGAUGAGAGACAUUGAUGUUAGUAUUUUAAAAGCCUCUGAAAUCGGUAAUUUGAUCUUACCAAUGGUGUGGCAUUAUCUACCAGCUGAUGAGUUUAAACUGAAAAAUUCUCUAUGGGAGAAAUAUGCAAGUGUGUUUCCUAGCAUAUGGAUUGCCAGUGCUUUCAAAGGUGCUACCGAAAUGACCCAGCUUAUUACUCCGACCAGAUAUCAUAUAUCCAAUCAUCAAGCAUGGCUUAGAGCACUGAAUACUUUUGGAAAUAAGUUCAAUAAAGUGCUAGGCAUUGCUAUUACUGGCUGGCAAAGGUUUGAUCAUUAUACAGUCCUUUGUGAAUUAUUUCCUGUUGCUUUGCCUACCUUGGCUGUCUGUUUGCUCACAUUAAUUGAUGGUGAUUUUACUGAAAAUGCCCACAGAACAGCUUCGAAUCUCUUAGGCUUUGAGAGAUUAAUAGAAAUUGAUACAUUUCCAAGACCACAACCUGUUGGUCCCCCACCUUUAUUUCCAGGAGGUAAUAUACAUAACAGCUGUCUACAGUUGGGAAACUGCAUAACAGAAUAUCACAUAUUAAUGCAUCAUCCAAGUAUUGAAGGAGCAUUUAGCAGCUUCCAAAUAAUGCAUAAUCGAGUGAACACCUUACAUAUCGACCAAUUCCUGCCAAGAGCUAGAAUUUUAUUGAUGAAUAUAGAAGCAAUCAAUGUACAACUUGAAAGCGAGCUGAGCAAAAUAUUUUAUCCCAGCACUGUGGAAGAAUUCCUAGCAGUUAACAUCCAUCCUUUCUUGGAGAAACUGCGUAAACUCGUGCGAGAUGCUGAUUUGCAGAUUAUUUUCCAUUCUGCUCCAGAAGAAAUGCAGUCGAAUUCAAGUUAACAUUUUUAAUGCUGAUAUAAUCGAUUUUGCAUUUAUUUCUCCUAAACCCAGCGAUAUUAUAUGUUUACCAAGAAAAAUUCUUAUAAAAGUGUAAAAAAAAAUUCUUUUAUUUUAAAAUUUUACAAUAAAAAGCAUUGACUUUUUAUAUUAGUGAUUUAAUAUUUGGUAAUUGUAUAUAAAAUUUGCAUUUCAUUUUAAUAAAAAAAAUGGAAUUCA